CUACUUGGAUUCCUGCUUGUUCUAAUACAUUCUUCUUGUAUGAUGGCUUCUGUUACCAGUUCUUCAUUGAUGAACACGUUGCAGAUGCAGCGGAAGAUGUCUGCAAAACGAGCGACAGUUUAUUGGUGUCACUUAAUUACCCCCAUCAGAUCUCUUUCCUCAGUGGCCUUGUAGGAAACAGUAAUAAGAAAACGUUCUUUGUCGGAUUGAAGUGGGAUGAUGUAAACGAUGUUUGGUUCCGUAGCGAUGGAUCACCAAUGUAUUACAGCGACUUCAUGUGGGAUGAUGAUGAACCAAAGAACAAGGAAGAAAAUAGAUGUGGAACUCUAAACCUUGAAACAGACGGAGCUGUAAUCAGAGCUGAAUCUUGUAACACUGACCACCCUUUCAUCUGUCAGAAACGAG